UCCUCUCUGCAGCUCGUGCUGCACAGCACUUAUCGUCAGAAGAGGCUGACGAAUCGAGCGACGAGUUUCAUCCAGGCAGGUUCGUCUACCGACAAAUGAACACCGCUCGUUCCUGAGUGGGGGUAUUUAGGGGCGGCUCAAAGGCGGGGCGAAACGAGCAUGAUCCGAUGUCGAGAAUCUGGAACGUCAGUCAGUCUCCACUGGGACGCCGAAGAGGGUAGAGUUGACGUGCCGUCGACGCCGCCGCGCAGUCAGAAAACGUUCUAAAUCAUCUCUCGAAAGUGACAAACUCGACGUUCGCCGAAUUUCCAAAGAAUUAAGAAAAAAAAAAAAAGAAAAAAAAAGAAAUUAAUCCCACGAACGAUAAUUAAUUAUUGCCAGCGUAUAUUGGUGAUAACGAAACGAAUUAAAAAGAAACUAAUCAUACUUGUUAAUUGCCCGGGACGCAGAGGAGGAGAAAAGUAUCCGUGAAGAUAGAGAAAAAACACUUGAGCUAGGCCAGUGUGGUUCACCGCGAUUGGUGCACCGUGCGAUCGGAACGUGCUGAUCGAUCGAGAACUGGACCACCACCACCCCUGAUUAAGAUGAUGCAAAUGUCGCUGGGGGGCAGCGAGGCUGGAGCCGUCGGCGGGCUGGGGGUCGGGGUCUUACCCUUCGACGGAAUGGGCCUCUACGAGCAACCAAGGCCCAGGUUCGUCUUCAAAAUGCCCCGCGUCGUUCCGGACCAGAAAGCCAAGUUUGAGACCGACGAGCUAUUCAGGAGGCUGAGCAGAGAGAGCGAGGUCAGGUACACUUCCUAUCAUGACAGGCCAAGGGAGGAGCAGCAGGUCCGUUUCCAAACUGGAUGUCGCGAGGGACACACAGAGAUUGCAUUCGCGGCGACAGGAACGAAUCUUCAGCUAGUUUUCGCCUCUGCGGCAUCCGGAUUUUGCGGCGAGCCACGCGAAUGCGAUUUCGACAAGGAGCACGGAAAGGUCCACAUUCGCUCCCAGUUGAUAAUGAACGGUGUCUGCGUGAGAUGGCGAGGCUGGAUCGAUCUGGAGCGUCUGGACGGGUUGGGAUGCCUGGAGCUGGACGAGGAAUUGGCAGCCGAGGAGGACAGGAUCCUUCGGGAGCAAAUCGACAGCUAUAACCAGAGACUGCGAGAGCUUGACGAGAAGCGAAUCUACCGCGGUGGUAUCAGUCAGGCUUCUCACUUGAACCACCAUCACCACCAUGGACACCAUGGGCACCACGUGCCCGGUGCCGGCGCCCCCAGCGUCGGGCCGCAUCUCGCCCAUCGCCAGGACUCCGAGAUGGAGCUGAGAAUGGGAAUGCAACACCAACAUCAGCAACAACAGCAGCAACAAGCAGCCGCAGCGAGGUGUCACACGGGACCAUCGCAGCGUCAUCCAGGCCUUCAGCCAAAUCUGCAAGCGAGAAAGCUGAAGAAUGACUUGAGUCACGGUCAUCACAACUAGGAUGGUUCGGGUUUGGUUUAUCGGUUUUUAGCAUUCUUCAAUUCUUUUUUCUUCAUUCUAUCACAAACGCAUUCGGCGACAAUGCGAAUGCGCGUUAUCUUCGAGUCAUUUUUUACCUGUAUAUUGUUAUAUUCACAUGUUACGUCUAGCUAUAAAUAGGUGUUUAAGAAAGUGUAUUAUCUCGUCAUAGAGACCUUGUGUCGUAACUGUUGUAUAAGUAAAAAUAAUAAGAAUAUUAUUAACAACAAUAAUACAAAUAUUAAUAACAAU